AUGCUGUACCAUUUCGACACAGCAUUCCUCAAUGCUAACCCAGAGAACACAGUAGACAUCGCAUGGACCCCCGGCCACAAGGGCAUCAUAGGUAAUGAACUUACUGGCAAACUCACCAAACAGGCGACUGAGAUCCCUGGGGGCCCAACUAAGGUCACACACGCUCACGCCCUUCGCCGCGCAAACGAAAAGGCCUUCGAAAAAUGGACCGCCAAGUGGAAACGCACCGACUGGUCCUUUCGCAAGCGUGGACCGUUUACCCCCGCAGACUCACGCACGCAAGCCGUUUAUUGA